AUCCUGGUACUUUUCAUCGUUGUCAAGGCAGCCUCAGAGCACGGCUGGCUGACGGAAAGUAGCUGCAGUGUCCUGGCACAAAUAUCUGUCCACAAACGUUCACAAAAACUGUCCCGGAAAGUUAGGUGUAACUAAAAAGGGUACCUGCAUACUGAUGCGAUGACUGAGAGAUUUGGCAGUGGCUCAGCGGAGCAAAAACACCCGGCACGUUGUCAUCAUAUUGGAGGACACCAUGGGAGUUAAUGGCACUUUGUCGUGUGAGAAAAGACUCUGGAUUACAGGGAUGAAUUAAACCAGCUGGACAGGAGACGAGCUGACCACUACUAGCUGACCACUACUUUGAGAUUAGAACUGAUGGGUUGUUCAAGCUGCGGAAAGUAUGCCAAGUGUAAAGGGUAAAGGGGGUUCAACAGCCCAUCGCUACAGGCCCGCCUCGGAGUACGACGACACCACCCUCGCUCAAAAGAGAGAAUACUGGAGGAAUAAAAAGCGGGAGCAGAGGGCCCGACUAACAGAACGGACAGGAAAGGUAAUACAGGACAGACGAGGGGUGUCCAAGGCCCGGCAUCUUACUGCCCCUGCUGCUUCCUCUUCUCCUUUUCAGAAUGAUUUGGAUAAAAAAGUUAAUGUCUCUGGAAGCAAAGUGGGAGAUGGUUCACUUCAAGCCACGGAAAAGGAGAAAUGGCUCCAGACGAUGGAACUCAACAAAGUCUCACCUCAGUUUCUAGGGUCAUGCCGUUCCAGAGCUAGUGUAAAUAGCCAAACAGCGAGGGUGAACAGCACCAUGACCUCAGACAGUGGAGCCCAGAUAAACACCAGCUCCUCAGUGCCUCCAGUUAGAGUGUCCGGAUUUACCAAUAGCACCUCCGCUAUUUCAACACCUCAGCCAUGUGUGUCUAUGCAGAGCGCCUCGGCCCCCAAUCUCCAACGUAAGGCUCAAGUCCCAGUAUGUAUUCAGCCCAAACUCCCACCCACCAAUGUAACCACUAAUAUGAUUCUUGUGUCUUCUCCAUGUGGCCCUGUUUCUGUUAAAACAGAAGAACCUCAAAUUGGAACAAACAGUGCCUUGGUCACCAACCAGAGGGCUAAAGGCGUUUCAUUGGAGUCUGAGGAGGAGAGAGCAGCCAAACGAAGGGAGCAGUGGAGGAUCAAAAAGCGGGAGCAGAGAGCGAAGCUUGCAGCUCGAAUAGCUAAAGCCAGAGAGAGAGCACAGGGCAUGGAGGUGUCAACGCAAACAGCACAAAGAUCACAACACUCAGAGGGCAUGGCUUCUCAUCUUCUUCCACAUCCGUCAUUUACUAAAAGAGGGGGAACCAACUUUGCUACACUUAACCAACAAUUUAAUGUGAGAGUACAGAAUCAGCAUGGGUUCAAGACUGCAUACACAGCCAUCAAACCUAACACUAUAAACGAGAGAAAACCCGUGGAACCAUUGAGAAGGUUUUCAAGUCACCUUUCUAGUGUUACCCGAGGGAUAACACGAUGUAAAACUCCACGACAGAGGUUAAUUGAAGCCCAGAAGAAUUUCAUGAAUCAAAGAAACAUAAGAGUGAAAUCUCCAUCACUUGCUUUCAUCUACAGUAGCAGAAACAUCCCCAGAAUCGACCCAAAUGACACUCCAGAGCAGAUAAUUGCCAAACGGCGAGAGUAUUGGCGGCUCAAAAAGCGCGAGCAGCGAGCUAAGCUGUCAACAGAGAUGAAGGCUCGGUUGAAGGAGAAGGACUCUAUGAUGCGAAGAGUGAAACGUUACCAGAAAAUUCUGGAAGAGAUGAGGAGGGCCAGAGCGAUGAUGCAGUCUGGAGCAAGCACACUCAGCCACGCAUCAGAGACAAUUGGAGGGUUCAUCAAAGAGGACGGAACGGUAACCAGUAACAUUCCAUUAGAUCAUAAUAGAAGGGAAGAGGAAGUACAUGGAGUUUCUAAUAAUACCCCCAUCGAUCACCCUGAUAUCAAACACAGAGGUGAUGUAGCCAUAAGAGUAAACCCACCACCUCCUCCAUUUCACCCAGCUCAGGUGAAAGUCUCUCUUCCACUCACUGGACAGUCAGCCCACAAACCCCCAAGACUUGUGUCAAUCAAACCAAGAACUCAAGUUGAAACCGCUAGUAAUUCACAUUCCUUGUCCAUUAGAACGGUCGGAUCACACCUCACACUUACACAUCCCCAAAAACCACAAAACCCUGGCUCCAGGGAUCCAGCGAUGGGGUCAAACCUUGGAGGCUGUGUCAUGAAAAUGGCCGUUUCUAGCCGCACCCUGUCGCUGUCGACGGCCUGUAUGGAUCCAGGGUUAACAGAGGAGGAGAGGAUGGCCAAGAAGAGGGAGUACUGGAGGGUGAAGAAGCGGGAGCAGAGGGCGGCUCGAGCUGCUCGGCUGAAGCAGGGGAUCUUACAGGCGAGAGCUAACGCCGUCUUGCAGAGAAGGAAGGUGCACAGACUUGCAAGUGCUGCUGCUGUACCACCGAGCAGGAGGUCUGUAAACCACACAGGAAACGCUCAGAGUCUCCCUGACAGCAGAGAGCCUGAUCUGCCACAUGCAAAUGAGAUAAAACAAGAGAGUGAGUCUAUGCCAGCAGUUGACCUAAAUUCUCAACCAGACCAAGCCAUCUGUCCAGAUAUCAAACCCCCAAUCUCCCAAACACCACCUCCAGCGCCUCAGCCAGAGCCUGACCCAGCUCUGAAUCCAGACAGCCAAGCCACAACACUACUCGCUGUGGCCUCUAUGAAGAAGCUGUUAGAGGAAUCACUCAGUACCGUGACCGGGUGUCAAACUGAGCAGACUGAGUUUAAAAUAGAAACGAGUGAGGAGCAUGACACGGGCCCAGAUGUACCUCAGAUCUGUUAUGAGAAGCACGAUGCAGAUUUGACACUACAGAUAAAAAGCUGGCAGGAACAGACACUGGUACAAGAAAGUCCACCAAGCUUGCAUCUCAAAGACUCACCCCUAACAGAGACACCACCUCCUCUUCCUACCCCUGAUACAGUCACCCCACUGCCCACCUCAGAUAACCCACCCCAAACACCAUCCCCCCCGUCUUCACCUCACAGAACCCACAGGCUUCGCUCUAGAAAACAAGGCUAUCAGAACCAUCAGAACUGCAGUGCACCGGAGCCACCAAAGCUACAUCAUCUUCCCACCGAAGCACACCAGCAUCCGUGUGAAGCAGGAGGACAGUACAGAGUGGUAAUGGAACAUAGUGGGAUGAACAGCCUGCAGAAGAAAAGGGAGUACUGGAAGCUGAUGAAGAGGCAGCAGAGGGCCAGGUUAAAGGCCCGGCAGAAGAACCGACUGGAGGGGAACCUCAGAGGGAACGUCCAGUCUGCAGGGUUUGGUCUCAGCAACUCUCCCAAAGGUGCGAGUCCUGCGGUAAAACCAGCCCUCCUGCCCAAACCUUCCAUCUCCUCUGUGACUGCAGUGACCAGUAUCCCCUCCAUCCUGGUCGUCAGCACCACCACCUCCACCGCCCAGCAGCCCGACAUGCUGCAGGUCAAACUCCCCGUCCCCAGCAGAGAGCAGAACGUCAGCUUCGGACCUUCGCAAACUGAUCCUGUGGAAUCUCCUGAAAUUCAAACAAACUGGAGGGUUGACCAAAUGCUGCUAGUAAACAACCAACAAGACACCAUGCCAGUGUCGCAAAACAUAGACUUAGCCCCCUCCCUCCCUAUGCUGAAGCCCCCGGAAAACCCGCUGUCCAGCAUCAACCUGCAGCCCAUCGAGCCUCCUUGUCAAACGUCCACCCUCAGUCCCAUAAAAAUCCCUUGUGUUCAAACUCAGAACGCUACACAAACGCUGCCGUCUCCCACCAAGCAUGUACCCGUAAGCACCAUGGUUCCUCCAAAGCCCAUCCCAGGGGAGUCUGAGGAGGACUUUCUGAAGAGGAAGAGGGAAUACUGGAGGAUAAAGAAGAAGGAGCAGAGAGCGAGGAAGGCCAUCCAGGUGAAGGGCUUCACCUCGAAGAGAACGUCCGACAGCUGGAGGCCCAUCCUGCCUUCACAGGAAGAACCAGCACAGGAAACAAGUCAGUGGUCGAACUCUCCUGAGGAGUCAGAGAACUUAAUUAAUAGUAGCUCAGCAGAUACAGAUACAGAGACAGGAUCCUGUUCCUACCCAAAUUACGCAGCACCAUUAGAAGAUGAGUCCGAUCUCGUGUUUGAGUACGAGAGUCAUAACGGCGAGGAAGGUCCCGCCACGGACGACGUGUGGAGGAACCACUACCUCAUGGACUACGAUCCACUGAACCAACUUCUGGUGUGCAUGGUGUGUGGGGAGCUGCAGUACCAACACAGCCUGGAGGGGGUGAAGGUGCACAUCGAGGACGCCCACCCGGACACUCUGACCCUGGAGCCUGGAGAGAGGCAACGGAUCCUGGAGGCCUGGGACGAGCAGGUGUCCCAGCGCGAACGUUUUUUCACCAGCCAGCUCCAGCAGCACAGCGAGGCCCUGACAGAAGCACAAAAGGACUGAACAGCUGAGAAGAUGACAGCAGGAAAAAAAAAAAACUUCAGUCCACAGGCCAGGAGAGAAAACACUCUGUUUUGUCUUAUUUAUUUAUUAUGUUAUUGUUCUUUUAAAGUCUUCUUUUAGGUAAAUGCUGUAAAGUGAACAUUCACCCAAACAAGAAGCUUUACCUCAUCUCCCACUGGGGACGUCUUAUUAAACUUAUUAAACCAGCUCAAAUGUUUGUCUUGAAAAUCUUUUUAAAGUGUAAAAAUCCUGAAAUGACGGUUAUGGCUGCUAAGAUAAAAGUUCUCACUUUUAAGUCCAAGUUGGAUUUUUAAGUCCAACAUUUGAACUGGUUUAAACAAAUCCUGAAUUGACUGACCUUCUUUUUAGUUGAAUUUACUACUCCUGUUCACAUAAUGUUAAUUGCUGCUUUAAACUUGGCAAUCGUAAACAUUGGUUAGCAUGUCUCCUUGUAAUUUUUUUAUUCCAAUGUGGUGAGAAAACACCUAAAACAGCCUUUUGAUCAUCACAGAACAAUAAAACCCCGACCACUAUGGCCAUAAGGGAUAAUUACAGGUAAAGAGCACACAGAAUUUAAUUUCACGUAUUAGUUAAUUUUUAGAGAAACUGUAGAUUUAUCAAAGCGGGGGUUAAAUUUCAGUGCUCUGUCAUAACCCAGGUGAUAAAUAAAAAUGAUGUUUUUCUUCAAACAGGAAAUUUGUUUUAUAUAUUUGUACAAUAUGGAUCAGUGGACAUUUCGUGACAGAUCUUGUGGCGGGUAUUUUACUUGUAUCUCCUGAACCUUGGUACCAUAGAUGUCAACUGUUUAGGUGAUGGUGAAUUUGGUGACAUUAUGAGGAAGAUUUCACCGUAGGGAAUGAAAUAUUAAAGAUAUAAAGAACGAAACAACAGCUGAUGCAGUAGGAUUCACUCAGAUUACAAUGCGGUGCGAUUCAACACAA